UCCGGCUCUACGUGGGUCACGAGCGCAGCCCUUUUUCUCUCUCCGGCACGUUUUCGGUCCGAUGACAUUGCAAUGAGGGAUUUAAAACAAUCAUAGGAUUCCUGAUUCAUUGCCAGUCUGAGCCGAUUCACUGGGUCACAUCUCGUGCCAGCCUCCCCACCCCCUCCCCCCCUCCCGGGUGCCAGCGGCAGGUUGCUAUGGAGAACUCCUCGGUGGCAUCUGCGUCCUCGGAGGCUGGCAGCACACGCUCCCAGGAGAUCGAGGAGCUCGAGCGCUUCAUCGACAGCUACGUGCUGGAGUACCAGGUUCAGGGCCUGCUGAGUGACAAGACCGAGGCGGACGUGGACGAGGAGAAGGCCCAGUCUCAUGUGUCACAGUGGACUGAAUACUGCAGUGACAAGAUAGAUGGGAGCUGGUCAUCGUCUCGAGGGAGAGGAUCUACCAAGCCGGAUGACUGGGAGCACAGCAGCAAUGACAGCACUGGAUCGCGACCCAGUUCAGGCUCCCGGCCCGGGUCUGGAUCUAGGUCAGGCAGUCGGGGGCGGAGCAAUCAAUUCCGUGGCCCUGCAAAGAAUGGAAACAGGGAAGGCCCCUUUGAUAUACUGGGAACUGACAUCUGGGCUGCCAACACUUUGGAUUCUCACGGAGGAGUGACCUGGGACCUUCAGCCGGAGAAGCUUGAUAUCUCGCAGUUCCACCGGAAGCCAUUCAGGGGGACGCCAAAGCCCUUCCCCCACUUUGACCGAGAAGGGAUGAUGAAAGGGAAGUUCGAUGAUGACGAUGGUAUUGACCUGAAUGACAUGGAGAAGUUCCUUCCUGGUUUCCCAGUCUACCCACCGCUCCCGAACGAGGCUGAGAUUGCACAUGCCAAAAAGCUGUUCCGCCGGAGGAGGACCGGCCGCCGACACGCGCACACCUCCGUGGAGCAGUUAAUCGUGGUGCUGCCCUUUGACGGUAGACGGCAAGUGACCAGGAGACAGCAGCGAUUGCAAGGAGUUGGAAAGUCCCAGAAUCCUCAACAGCAACAGCUGCCACUACAGCCACAACCACAACAACAACAACCACAACAACAACAACCACAACAACAACCACAACAACAACAACCACCACAACAGCAACAACCACAGCAACAACAGCAACAACCACAGCAACAACAACAAGCACACCAACAGCAACAACAACAAGUACACCAACAGCAGCAGAACGCCGAGCAUUCGGCAGCCAACACCAAACAAGUCCGCGAACAUGGCCGUCAGUUCCAGAACCAGGGUUCCCACCCAUCCGGACGCCUCCACUGCUACAGCCAGAACUGGCGCUGGCAUCAUAACCAGAAGUACCCAGUGGCGGUGCUGGGGGGGGGCACUGAUGACAAGGGAGCUCUCAGAGACACCAAAGAGACUGACAAUGCGAGGGUGGAGGAGCCGCCCCCACCCCGCGGAGAGCCAUUGGCCGAGCGUGGACAUGGCAACCGGUUGGGGCGCGCCCAGUCCACGGAGGACAAGCACGCGGAAAGCUACCCAGCAGGGCCCAAAGUCAGCCUUCUGCAGUCAUCCAAGGAAAGGCUGAGGCGUAGGCUCAAAGAGAAGGAUGAGAUCCCGGUGAAAACCACCAAUCGGCAGAGGAACCGCAUGGACAAGCUGAUGGAGAUCCUCAACAGCAUGCGGAAUAACAGCAGCGAGGUGGACAGCCAGCUGACAACCUUCAUGGAGGAAGCCCAGAACUCCACCAACUCGGAGGAGAUGCUGUCGGAGAUCGUGAGCACCAUCUACAACAAGGCUGUGAGCGACCGCAGCUUCGCCUCUACUGCCGCUAAGCUGUGUGACAAGAUGGCACUCUUCAUAGUUGAAGGCACCAAGUUCCGUUCCCUGUUGCUCAACAUGUUACAGAAAGAUUUCACCCGGCGGGAGGAACUCCAGCAAACGGAUGUUGAGCGAUGGCUGGGCUUCAUCACCUUCCUCUGUGAGGUUUUUGGGAUCAUGAGGAGCAGCGCCGGCGAGCCCUUCAGGGUGCUGGUGUGCCCGAUUUACACCUGUCUCAGGGAGUUGUUGGAAUCUUCAGACGUAAAGGAAGAUGCUGUCCUAUGCUGUUCCAUGGAGCUGCAGAGCACUGGACGCCUCCUGGAGGAGCAGCUGCCGGAGAUGAUGACGGAGCUCCUGGCGGCAGCCCGGGAUAAGAUGCUGUGCCCGUGCGAGUCGCAGCUGACGCGCUCCCUCCUCAUGGAGGUCAUCGAGCUGCAUGCCCACCAGUGGAGCCCCCUAGAGGCUCUCACCACACAGUACUACAACAGGACCAUCCAGAAGCUCACAGCCUGAGACCCCGGAGGGUGAUCGCCGUGCCGUCGCCACGGCGACAUCAUCCGAAAGCCCGCUGCUUCUUUGAGGGGGUGGGAAGGGGGGGGUGGGGGAUGGGGGCAGCUGGGCCAGGGUGAGGGGGUCAGGGGACGUAGACAGACUUGUCACUGCCGACACUCCCUGUGACGAAAGGGGUUUGUGUGCCGCCCACACAGAAGCCGGAGGGCGACAAAGGAAACACGCGACAGAGAGCAGAGAGGCGUCCCAGCGCGUCCACUGGGAAUAGGGCUUUUUCAGCGGAAAGGGAGAGCAGGGCGGGGGGCGGGAUUUGGCUUUUCUUCUUCUCUUUUGUGUUCGUGUGCCAAGUCCCCCCCCCACCCGCACCGAAAAGCAAACACUUGCUCUCAGCUCCACAGAGGUCACAUUUAGCCCUCCGAGAUGUCUUCUGUGAGGUCAAAUGAACAGACUUUUCAGAGUGCAGUCAUGAGUCAUUCCUGGAUCUGUCCCGCUGCGCCUUUAUGUGGCUGCUGCCUGCUGGCCAACUCAGUGGCAGAUGGCCACUGGGACGUCAAGAGCCGGCACACUCCUGGGUCCCGGCCCGCACCCCAUUGGCUGUGGGGGCUGGGGGGCGGGGCAUCGAGGCCCAUGCAUUGAGGGCUCUUUGUCGUUUUCAGUCGUUUUCUGUUCGUGUCGUCCUCCGUUGAGCUGAGCUUGCUCCUACGACAUUAUUUUAUUAUUCUUUCAAAUCAUGUUUCAAAAUAUCUUAGGGUAUAAUUGCACAGCUCUGAUUUGAUUUGCACUGUUUUAAGACAGUUGUUUUAAAUGUGGAAAGCAGCACAUCUUAGAAGAUCGCAGUAAAAGCUUCAGUAGAUGGAGGAUUGGAUGUAAUCGAAGGGAUGCUUUUUGAGUAAUAACAGAGAAUGUAUUUAAAGAACCUGGGAGUGGCUAUUGACCUACACAGUGUGAAGUAUGUCCUUAUUUACUAAGCAACAUAUGUGGUGAAGGCUUGUAGUGUACGAUAGAAAAUCUGACAUUCCCUUGCAAAUUCAAGCUUUUAAAAAUAAAAUACAAAUCAGAAGCUGAAGAGAGCAGACUUUCACCACCAGGCUUUGACCAUUCUGCAGUGGUUGUAUUUUUGCAAUUUUUUUUUUUUUUUUAGACGUCUCCUGAUUUUGCAGUUCUGUAUGAUCGGUGUAUUUGCAGAUGCUAAAAUAUUUUAAGCAUAGUGUCAGCCCCUAAUGCUGGCUUCUGCAAAUAUGUAUAAUAUUGUACUGACAGGCCCAGCCAAGGGCAAUAUGGUAUAUAAUCACAUAAACAGUAUUCUUAAGAUAUUAAAAGUGAGCAGAGUGAGGUCUAAGAAUACUGGUGCAGGAAUCGCUUAUGUAUUUAGGUAAUUUUCACAUGUAGGGCUUACAUUUUAAGUCUUUUAAGAAAGACUGAAGUGUUUUGAAUAAACACCAGUCUUCAGACACUGCUUAUCUGUGGGCAGUCUUGUGUUUUAAUUUUAGUCUUGCACCAAUAAUCCAGCUCUUGUGCUAUUUUUUUUAUUUAAGCUUUUAUUUAAUGUCAUGUUGUUUUUAAUGGGUUCCAUGAUGUAAGUUAUACAUUUAUGAUAUACUUGGCUGUUUAGUACACGUGUCAGCCUUCUGUGUGCAAGCUUGUGGUUUUGUUGGUCAGUUCACAUGUACGGAUCUGGUCGUCUUUCACCCAGAUUUCGUCUUAAGAACUUUGCUCCUUGAUGUCCCUGGUCCUGCAUAGUCAUGUGACCAUCAUCGAAUUAAAAGCCCUCAGUCUGGCCACAUCUAAGGCAUUUAAACAUCCAUUUGCAUGACUACUGUGAAUUUAUUAGGCUAGAUAUUGGCCAGAGGUAAUGGUCAUGAAUACGUUGAAAAAUUAAAAGAUUUCAAUAGUGCCAGUGUGUCAUCUUCUCCCAUCAUCUCUCAGCUUCUGCUGCGUUACGAAAGUCGGCAAUGUGCCCCCAUCCAGUUCGGUAAGAUGAAGGAAGUGGUUAAUGGUCAGCAGCAUUAAUAGUUCUUUUGUGCUUUAUCUGUACCGUACUUGAGUUCUGUACUGUUCUUUGGAGAACUACAUUCAAAAACAUGCAGUUUACCCAUACACUCUCAUUGCGGCUUGUUUAUAACCAGUAGUUGGAGUGUCGUACACACAAGACGUUAAAAUUGGGGUGCUUUUCUACUGCUCUAGGUACUGAACUUUCGGUACUUCAGAAUGGUACCAAACUUAAUGAUACUUGUGUUUUUCUUCUGGCAUGAAGACUGGAACUGCCGCAGAAUGACAUCAUCAGAACGCAAGGCGGGGGAUUUGUACUGAAUUUGAAUACGGCUACUAUGUUACAGGGCUAGCCGAUGUGUGAUAUUAAUAUUGUUAUGCACAUGCAAUCCUCACAUCGCAAGGACCACGAUAGUCAGGUGGUUUAAGAUCUAGCCUUUUCCUACCUUCAUCUUAUAAAAAUAUUAUACCGCAGUAUAUGGUAUUUUCAAAAUGUUAUUUUGCAAUACAUUUCCGGUAUUUUGAAGCCUUUGAAGUUUCACUAAAACGUUUUUAAUCUGCCCAAAGAAACAAUUUAGCAAGCUUUGCAACUUUCAAUCAUUUGUCUAUGCAUCCAUUAUAAUAAUACUUUAUUUUUAAAUUUUGUUCAUUAUUGUUUUCUGACUUCACAAAUGCCCCUCUUCAAGGUGGAGGUGGUAUUUUGUGUGUUUCAGGGGCAGGAUUUUUGCUUAACCAAUUGCAAUGAACACGUUUACAAGUACCACCCUAAAGUACCAAAGGACCGGCUCUGCUGGUUUGCUACUUUGGUAGUGGACCAGAAAUCAAAGGAAGAAGGAAAAUACAGAUUUUUGAUACCAAAGGUUUGGUACCUGGUGCAGUGGAAGAAAAUGCCCUUAGAUUGCUGUUUGGCUAUGCUGCUGUUAUUUACAUUAAAAUGGAAAAGCACACAGAAGGAGCUUAGCUCAGCACUUCGUGUCCAAGAGGUAUCCAGGUCAUCCUUUUAGCCCUUCUCUGUAUGGAUCUCCCUUCAGAACCUGUGGGUAGCCUUGAUCUAAGACUCCGGCAGGGUUGUGUGCUUUAGGGUGGGUCCCUUCAGCCAGAAAGACCCUCUCCCUCCACCCACUAUCUCCAGGCAGAUGUCCUUCAAACCACUGUGCGUGGAUCAGAAUCUCCCCUUUCUUUAAUUUAAGGGAGCCUGAUGUGUGUUGUUGAUGAAAUGCUGGGUGGGACCUGAACAUUCAUUCCUGUAAAGUGUCUUUACUUUCCAGAUAAAGUUAAUGUGUUAACUGAAAUAAAUUUCUAAUCAAUAAAUGGGCCAAAAAACAAAGGGUUGAGGAAGGAGUUGUUUACACUGCGGUAAUAAAUUAGAAAAACAGUGAGAUAUUUCAUAGGAGGUGUGUAUUUUUACAAGAGGGAGUGAAAUAUAGGAAAACAUUACAGUGGGGGAAGAAAAAUAAAAAUAGUGAUUCAAAUCAAAUCUUGUUUCAUAUCAUACAUAAUAACAUACUAUGAAAUUGUGGGAGAACGUCGCAAAUCGGGGCUGAAGUGAAGAUUCAGUGGUUUGAUGAUCUCAAAAAAAAAAAAUCAGAAUCGACAAUUGAUUUGACUUAAGGACAUAAUGCAUAAAUACAUUCUCUAAAAACCUAGCACUGUUUCGGAGACUUAUGCAUGAUUCUGUUAAAAAAAAUAUCUGCAUUGAAGUGUUACCAAGGAAACGGCUCAUCUCAGAUAUACUCUGGGAUUUGUCUGGAGUUUCAAAAAGUUAUUUAUGAUUCGUUUCUUUGUUCUAUAUUUGUGAUUAUUCAUUUAAAGAGCUCAUACCCAGCUAAUAUGGGAGACUUCACAGCACACGUAGAAAGUAAACUGAUACCGUGGUAGUUUAACCAUAAAACAGAUACAAGCGCAGGAAAGGUGAUCUUGCCAAGGCCCACGGCAAAUAUUUUGCACUUUACCGGAAUAAUUGUCUGCAGUUUGUUACCUGCAGGCAUAACUUAAAUCAUUUAAAAUCAUUAUGAAAUUAAUAUGUAAAGUACCAGUAGGGUUACUUUAUAUGUGGGGGAAAAUCAUUUGUUUUAUUUCUAUUUUUUUAAUUCUUUCAAAUGCCGUUAUUCUGCAUUUAACUGUAGAUUCUUUUUUUGCUCCGAAUUCAGUUUUUUUCAGUGCAGUUGCAAGCAAAAAAGUAAAAAAUGUGAAAAUGUGUAUAGGACACUGCUUCGGUCACCCUAAAAAUAAACAAGUACAACAGUGCCUGAUGCCUGCUGUCAGAAUGCAGUGAAGAUCACGCAAGAUAAAUGUCACAUCAAUCUAAAACAGGGACCACAUAGGACUGGGUGGAAAAUGAAGCUGGUAACCGUGUGUGUCGUCAUUGUAUGUACUGGAUGCUGCCAUAUGUGCUUUGCAUUAAUGCAGGUUUAGGAACAAUGACAUCCGAAAGACUUAUACAAGCUUCAAGUUAUUAUGACUAUUUAAUACUUGAAAUAAUAAAAAUAACUGAGCUUUUGCGUUGAACUGAUACAUUCACGGGUUGUUUCCUUCUUGAUAAUGGGGCCAAAUUCACAUGCUUGAAGAAGGUCUUUGGUUUGAUUACCCCUUGAGCCUAACAUACAUAGCCUGUUUACUACAGUUAUACUAUAACGCUAUAUGUAAGGCAAACUGGUUAAAACUGGCUACGGUUUCAGUUGGGAAACGCCCUUGCUAGCUCCGCGAUGUGGACCUCGACGCAGAUCCUGAUGUUGAUCUAAGCUCAGCCUUUAUGUCCAGCGAAAGGGAACUGAACAGUCAUAUUCUGACAUCCUGGACUGGCAGUUAGGAAAUGAUGUCAUGACCUGUGUGCUUCCUGAAUUAACUGCUUAAUGAUUCCACUAGUUAGGUCUGCUGAGUAAGCCUGAACUUUAUCCUGCAGAGGCGAUUCCGAGCUGCUGCAUCCAUUCUGUCUUUUAACGGAUCCCUUCUUGGGAUUCACUGUUGCUGACGUGUGUCUGAUUCUCUCUUACCUCCUUGCGGUGCCAGAAUAAAGAAGCUCGUAGUUGUUAUUCUUCCUUAUCAUUUCCUGCUCACACCUAACCAGCAGCGAAAAUGAGCCCCACUUCCUGGUUUAUAAUUACACGAAAAGGGUUAGGGCUUUCGUAUAUCUCGAUGAAUACCAAUAACCUGUCAUUGUUACGUUGUAAUCUGUUAUGAUUUGUUUUAAAAGACUUAUAAGUAAUAUCAUGUAUAUGAAGUCACCUGUCCAUUUGCACACUGAUUAAUGUGCAUGGAGAAGUUCGUGAAUGCAAACUGUAAGCUUUUUUCCAGACGAAUCUGAAAAAUACCCUUCUUUGUUAAAGUGACGUUUUAGUCGUAAAUAUUCUUUUGUUGUUAAAAAUGCUACUUUCUGCAUAAUAUUCUGUAGUUCAGCCUGUUCUUGUGAAGCAGCUGGCAGAUUUAACAGGAGGUUGGAAGUGUGGGGAGACCGGGGGCAGGGAGCAGCACCUGAUGUCAUUGUUGUGACGCUUUACUCUUGUCAGGCCACUGUCACUGUACGACCCUGUUGCCAAGCAACAUGAAGUUCAGCAACACUUCGCAACUUCCUUUAGCAAAUCCUGACUAUACUCUCAGGUUUUAAUUUAAUCCAUGUGUUUGUGGUUUAUUGCGUUAACUUUGUAAUCAUCCAUAGGUCGUCGUUCAUAUUUAUGACUUUCAAACAUUCAAAUAAAAGUUAUAUCUUUUAAACAAUAAUUUAUUGUUUGGUUGAAAUUAGAUUCUUCAGGGAAUCAACCAUUAGUGAUUUUUUUUUAUUUACAAUCAUUGUCUCUGCAAAACCUUUUUUUUUCCUAUUUACCAACUGUGAUGUUACUGAAUUUAGGAUUGUACCAUAUAUCCAACCUGAUUAAUUUACACCAAUAAGCACUAAGAGCUUAAGAGCUUAUUGUUACCCUCAAGUUUCUAUGAAAUGCUCUGUAACUUAAAUGAUUCCACAAAAUCAUUGAUUGGAGUUUGUAAAUGAUGAAGAGUUUACAUAAUUUAAUUCCUGAUUUCAUUCUGGGUGUCAAUGUGGUUUUCUCUUUUUCCUUAAUGAUUGUUUUUGUGUUUUUGUCAACACCUAUAAUCUACAUAUAGGCUACAACACAAUUACUGUCCUGUAGUGGUUUUGGAGAAUAGAAUAGAAAUAGCAUAGAAACUUCAUUUUAGAUCAUUGAUUGGUUUCGGUCAUUGAUUGGUUUAGAUCAUUGAUUGGUUUAGAUCAUUGAUUGGUUUAGAUCAUUGAUUGGUCCGCUCCUUGCAAUCUGGAAAGGUAGAGUUAUGAGAUGCAUAGGCCGAUUUGAGUUAGUGAAUUGGCUUCUGAGUUAGUGAAUUACUGUGCAGAUGAUUCAAAUACAGCAAAAUUGGGUGGACAUGAAGUUCUUUGAAUGGAACACAGCAAGUCACUUAUAAAUCCCAACAAUUAAAGAAACAUUCAAAUUGUUUCAUACAAUCUUCCCUAACCUCUGCCCUAUUGACAGGGAUGUUUGUAAUGAAGUGCAUUGUGCCUCACAUUGCAACUCUGAAUGUGUUUAAUGUAGGCUCAAGAAGCUUGUUACACAAAGGCUGUUCUUUUCUUCUGAGCAGUUUAUUUAUUUGUUGCGUCUGUUCCAGGAUGAAUUGAAUGAAAUAUGAAAAAUCUACCUUGAAGUACCAUGCAGGUACUUUUGUCUUCAAUUACCACGUCCCUUUUUCAAGAAUACUGGAGAUUAGGUGGUAAGGAACAGCCCCAAAGAUUGAAAUGUCUUUAACUUUUUUAAUGUACUCAUUUGAAGUUUGGCUUAUUAACAUCCCACCCUAUUCACCUAUUUCAUUUAUACUCUUUUUGGUACCACUUUACAGUAAGGCUCCCUUUUGCCACUUGUAAAUGGUAGUAACUCAUUAACAAAAAACCGUGUUAUUACUUGUUUAAAAUUGUCUAUUAAUAAUUUACAAACCUAAUUACUAACCGGAUUAAAACAACUCAUACACUCUUUAUAUGGGUAGCCUUAUUGUAAUGUGGCCACCCUUUCUUAAAAAAAAAGAAAACAUCCUGAAAAUGUUCAUGGGUCUCCAGCCUCCAUGUUUGUCAUUCCAAUGUUUCUUGAAGCAUCUAUUAUAAAAUUCUCGUAGCACUUCCGCCUGAAUCUCCGUGAUUGGUUUUUGGGUCUCGGCUUUUGAGCUCGUCGUUCGUCGUGUUACUCGCAGGUAAUGGUGAACGUGUACUUUUCUAAUGCCAAUUAAAGGAGACUUGAUGGCAAAGGGCUAUGACAAGGCGACCACCACGGAGUAUGUCAGCACUUGCGCAGAAUCCUAUGACUUUGGAACGUUACCAAAGGACAUGAUGUCAUGGUCACACCCAUUUUUUUGUAAAGUUCAGCUGAUUUGGUUGGCAUCUUAAUUUGCAAAAAUUUUGAAGCAGUUCUGGUAAUGGCAUUUUUUGUAGUUUUUUCGCAAAUAGCAGCAGGUGGUGUGAGCCUUGACCGGAGGAAACCCAUAAGAUGAAUGAAAAUGACGUCUAACAAUGGCUGUCUGUGCACAGUGAAAGCAAGCCAUUGUUUAAGAAGGACGACAAGUUCGCUUGCUGAGGACAUGAUAUACUGUACAAUAUAACUCACGUUGUCUACGUUGUCUUCGUCUUGUGCUUGGAGAAUUCGGAUGGUAAUUUUACAUGUAUAAUCAUAUUUGUGUGUGUGUAUGUUUGGGGAAUUUCUACAUUUAUGUAAUUAAGUAAAAUAUCCUCCCUGUUUUACUUAAAUAUUUUAUACAACUAAAAAUAUCUUCCAUAUUCUCCAGUUAAACAACACACAACAUACAGUAUCAACCCACAAUAUCAUAUUGCAACUUACUUAGAUGAAUGAAAUUCAUUUGAAUAGCCCCAUCUUUUGUUAAAUUACAUUUAUUCUCUCCCGUUUUACUUUUAUUUUCUGAAACAGUAAUAGCAUGAUUUAAAUACCUCAGUAUAAUAAGCAAAUGUUACAUUUUUUUGCACAUUAGAUUUGUAUGCAUCUUGUAAAUGAAUUUUGAUAUAUGCAAAAUAACGUAAUUGCUGCAGUUUUUCAUUUUGUGUUUUUUUUUGGUUACUAUAUGGGCUGAAACUUAGUGCUGUACUGCAAGGACUGUUGUGGCCGUCGUCACAACCUUGGUAUAUUAAAAUCUAGCCACCAUAAGACGAA